UGCGGCGGUUCCCGCGACAGUUUCGAGUGCAUAGCCAACCGGAGAGGAACGAAGAACAUCCAAUGAUGGAGCCGAAACAGGAUUCGCCCGUCUACGCCAACUACGAGGACAUGCGAAACUCCGGUCCUACGAGCUCUACGGCCUACAUGGUCAACAUGGGCCCCGGUGAACUGGCUCCCGAGGACCCGGCUCGGACUCCCGGGCCCACUCAGCAGUACCGCGGCUUUAAGACAUCGGAGAACGAGCCGAAGGGCUUCAUGGAGUGGGUGGUGACCUUCUUCUCUGUGCUGAUCUUCAUCAUCACCUCGCCCAUCGCCAUCUUUAUCUGCUUCAAGGUGGUGGCGGAGUACGAGCGGGCGAUCAUCUUCCGCCUGGGCAGGCUGAGCGGCGGGGCGCGUGGUCCGGGCAUGUUCUUCAUCUUGCCGUGCAUCGACGAGUACCGCAAGGUGGACCUGCGGACGGUUACCUUCAAUGUGCCGCAGCAGGAGAUGCUGACGAAGGACUCGGUGACGGUCACCGUGGAUGCGGUGGUCUACUAUCGGAUCAGCGAUCCCCUGUACGCAGUGGUGCAGGUGGAGGACUACAGCUUGUCCACCCGCCUGCUGGCUGCCACCACGCUGCGGAACAUCGUCGGCACCCGCAAUCUCUCUGAGCUGCUCACCGAGCGCGAGAUCCUGGCCCACACCAUGCAGUCCACCCUGGAUGAGGCCACCGAGCCGUGGGGCGUCAUGGUGGAGCGCGUGGAGAUCAAGGACGUCUCCCUGCCCGUUUCCAUGCAGCGUGCCAUGGCCGCCGAGGCAGAGGCCGCCCGCGAUGCUCGUGCCAAGGUGAUUGCAGCCGAGGGCGAGAAGAAGUCCGCCACGGCCCUCAAGGAGGCCUCCGAUGUCAUCUCCUCGAGCCCCUCAGCGCUGCAGCUGCGCUACCUGCAGACCCUGAGCAGCAUCUCGGCGGAGAAGAACUCCACGAUCAUCUUCCCCUUGCCCAUGGAGCUGCUGACCCCGUACCUGGCCAAGUACGCCCACUUGAUGGGGCCGCCACCGCAGCCUCCGCAAGAGCAGGAGAAGUCCGACAACCUGCUGUUGAAUGCCCAGGCCGCUUGGCCCAAGACAAACCUAUGAUAUAACCGAAACGUAUUGCGCAGAGAUUGCAAAUCUUGAGUAUUUCUCCUUUUUUCGCAAAGGAAAACUGAAUUAGAAAGUUAUAAAAUAACUGAUAUGGUUUAUAUUUGAUUAUUCAAUUAAAUUCUAUAUGACAUUUCGGAAAAUCAUCCAUUUGUAGGACAUUCCUUUAAAAUUUAACUGAAAUUAGUCAGGAUAUGAGAUUUUUCUAAUUUAAUUGAUAAAAGCUUUUCUUUCUUACUUGUAUUUUGUAUUAACAAAAUUGAAAGUAACACUUAUUUUGUAAUUUUAAUCAAAAGAUCAAAAAUAUUUUUCUUCGUGAUCACGAUACACAAGGUUCCCAAAUGAGGUUAUCCAAUUUUAUAAAUAACCAAUAAUUAAUUUUAAAGAUGAUUUCAUUGAAUUCAACUUAAAUAAGGGUUGCAAUAAACCCACAACCAGAUAAUAAAUAAAACUUGGUUAAACAAACUAAAA